AUGGAGCCUCAGGCACAAAAGCCAAAGAACCGCAGAAUACAAAUCACAUGCCAUCGGCAGCCAAUUCACAUGGGAACGGGCCAAAGGGCCAUUUUCCGGGGUUGGCCAAUCACGCCGUUCGCCGCUACGGGGCCGCUCUUCUCCAGCACCCAUGUACCGUGUCACUCCGGGGAGCCGAGGGACAGAGAGGUCCAACAGCGCCAGCUUUCCCCCAUUUUCCCCAGCGGAAUCCAAUGCUCAAAUCACCCCAGUGCUAAAUCAGAACAAAGACCCGAGCCACCGAAGCGGUCCAGUGUUAUUUUAACGUUUUGGCUGCUGAAUCUGGAAGCGGAAGGGGACUGGGCUUGGUACCUUACCUACCGCUACCCCCCAAGUGCCCCAAUCGAAAGCCUCGUCCGAAGGACCAGCCGUGUGACACUCACCCCCAAGCACCCACAACCAGUCAUGGCUGUUGUCAACAUCAUUAUCUUCCCCUUUCUGACUGACUGCGAACACCUUUGA